ACUAGGGGAAAGAUGGCGGCGUCCUCUUCAGCAGGACGCGUUUUGACUCUUUGCAAGCAGUUUCAAAAUGUCUUUAGGAUAUCUUCUGCGAUAAAUACUAAGCAUUGUACUGCCACUUUGACCAGAUGCCAGCCUCAUCUGUACAGGGAAACGUCCCCACUCGCUGCCCUGUCUUGGUGCAGUCCUAUCAGCGCUGUGAGUCAGUGUCGAGCCCUGCACACCACCGUCAGCAGGAGAGGGCUGGACGAGUUCUUCGACCUGCCUGAGAACUGGGGAGAGAACAACGUGAAGUCAGGUGCACCAUGGGCUGCCAAACAACUGAGGACGAAGAGCAAUGAGGAUUUGCACAAACUCUGGUAUGUGCUGUUGAAAGAAAAGAACAUGCUGCUCUCACUUGAACAGGAGUCGAGAAGGCAAAGGCUUCAGAUGCCAAGUCCAGAAAGAUUAAAGAAGGUUGGUAUGAUGCUCCACUGUCAUGCUCUUACAACGUCUUCAUUUUAA